GUACUUAAUCCUAGGUUUUUAAAACGUCUGCUUGAAAGUUCCAAAUUCUUCCUUUUUCUUAAGGUAUUUGUCACAAUAUUAGUAAAAGAAAGGGCUUAUAGUAUUUUGUAGAAGAGGUCGUUUGGAGGGAACAGGGAGCUGCCUAAUUUCUUCUCUUCACAGAAAUGGAUGAAAAAAAGAAAUCUUCCUAUCAUGCAAAGCAGGGCAACAGCUCGGUGGUAGAGAGACAUACUUGGCAUGUCUAGGAUCCCAAGUGCCUCCCAUGGCAUAUGGAGUUGAAGUUGUUAAAGGUACUGCCACUAGACUGUGAACCACCCAGGGACUUGCAUAUAGGACAGUAUAAAAAUGCGUUAAAUGUUGGGAAUUCUCUCUGCUUAACUUUUUGCCAUUCCAUCCUAUCAGCACUGAUGAUAGGACAUUUCACCCUAUCAGAAUGGUGCAGCUUCCUCAUCUAGAAGACAAGGGCAAGAAAAAGACUGAUAUCCAUAAUUUUUCAAGUAUUCUGAACAUUCAUUCUACUCCUGCAAAGCAUAUUGAGCUCCAGUCAGAUCAUCUGAAGCACAGAGAUUCAAAGCAGUCCAAGGAUCAAAUUGCCAUUGUUAUGUCUGAUAGCUUCACUGUGCCCAGAGUUCCACACUCAUUCACUCUGGAUAACUACUGCAUAUCCUUUGGUUGUUUCAAAGGCCAAGAAGUACAGCUAAAAGUCAAUAAAUCUGGAACAAAUACCCAAAAUGGAGGAACACCUCAAGUUUUGGAAACCUCUGAGAAUUUGAAUAUUGUGAGGAAAGACUGUGUUCUUUAUCCUCCUCAUGCUAAUGUCAGCCAAAACGAAAUGAUACAGACAAAACGGCAGUGUGAGUGUAGCCCUUCAAGGCAUCAAGAGAGUUUCAAAGACAAGAACUGGGGAAAUGGUUUAGCAAACGAAGAAGAGUCCUCAGAGGUAAAACCAGAUCAUAAUGUCAAUGUAAAAAAUGUUAUUAAUAUUGAUCUUGGAAAUGCUGGUUUAGAUUCAAGCUUGAAAAACAAAGUAAUAGAAGACAAUUCCUUUAUACACACCAUACCUAAUGUUUUAAUGGAUAUUGAACGACCAGGAAACAGUAUUUCUACAACAGUAAAUUUAAGGAGGACAGAAAAUGUCACUGUGCCUGAAGUUACUGAAAGCAACGCAACGGAACUGGCUCCCAUAAUCCGCACUGCAAUAAGAGAGUCUGAAGAACCUCUGAUUCAAGCUCUCAAGCACCCUACACAAAGAAAGAGCAUCCCUUCUGGCAUCCCCCCUAACUUAAGCCACAGUUUUAACAUAUUUUCUCACAAAAAGAAUGACAGCUAUAAAGAAACAAACAUCAGAACUAAAUCUGCAUUAACUGCUAAAACAUGCAUCAAGAUGUCUCAAGACUUCAUCAUUUUGGGCAAGAGUUCCAUCCAACAUCAAACCAAGAAAACCAAGAAUCUCAUUUCACACUCUCAAGGACAGUCUUGUGAGGAGGCUGGGAUUUCCUCAAAGCUUCAGAAGAGACACCUUCAGCAGGAGAAAAGCCAUUUUGCCCAGAGCAGUCAGCACUCCCCAAAGCAGGUGCUUCCUUGUAUUUCCAAAAGUCCUGUAAGUUUAGGAAAAGGCAUUGCUCCUUUUUCUGUUAGCCAAUCACAGUGCACUAUGGACUUCAUGGAUUUGAAAUACAGUGACAUGUUUAAAGAAAUAAACCCAAAUGACAAAGGCCCUGGCAUUUAUGAAAUGUUUGGAACUCCAGUGUACUCCCAAGUCCGCGAGUCUGAUGGACUCGAGAACAGGGGUGGCAGGAAUGUGCAUUCUGCUCCAGCAGGGACUGGGAGACUUAAAGUGAUGAAACACAAAUCUAGCCGUCUCAGUGAGAAAAAAAGCAGCAGAGUAAGAAAUGCCCAGAAGAAGACAUACUCUAAGCCACAGAAGGAUUUUCUUGGUAUUAAACAGAGGCAGAAAGAUGUGAUGCCAAAAGAGGCACUGGAAUUAAAAGACAGCAGUCCAGAGGAGGAUAAAGGUACAAUCACUCCUAGCACAGACAGGCAAACAGAGAUUGUAAAGAGCAUGGCACCAUGUAAUGAGGAUGACGCUCAGCAACCUCCAAUUUUGCCUGAGUUUACAUGGCCUGUUGUAGAAGAUGAAGUCAUUUCUAAUUCAAACUUGUCAACAAUUGAAGAAGUCUCACUGGAACACAUUUCAGAUUUGGGUGAUGCUUUUGUUAAUAAAGCAUUUGCCAAAAAUGUCCAGGAAUUGCUUUGGCCAGAGCUUAAAGAUCAUGCAGAAUAUGCUCCUUUCGUAAGCAAUGCAAGAGAUGCAAAUGAACACAGGAAUCCAGGAAAAAGCAGAUGCUUUAUUCAAGCAAGAACCAAAGCAACUGCCUGCCUUGUGGAUCUGGAGGCAAACCAAGUUUUGUGCUAUCCAAGUGGGCAGGAAGCAUCCCCUUUAUUAUCCCACCUUCUCAACAAAAACCUCCAGCCUGCAAACACUGCCUUAGCAAAUGAAUCAACUAAGUGGACUUGCCAUCCUAAAAGCCCAGUUUUCCAAACGUAUCAAAAUAUCUCGAGCUGUACAAACAGUGAAGAAAUAACAGAGGACUUGUUUUGUUGCUUAGCGGCUGAAUUGCUCUCUCUUGAUGGUACAGGUGCUAACUGUUCCAGAGCAGUUGUAAAGAGUAGAGAUACGGAGACACAAAAUGGAAGCACUGUCAAUCAAGCAUCCAGUGCAGUGAAGGAUUCAAAUAAUAAGAACUGCUGCCCACCCUUCUUAGAAUCCAGUGAAGAAAAGAGAUUUUUAAAUACAAGUAUAUUUUCAGAAAACAGGUUAACUGUUACAUGGACCAAAGGUGAAAUCCUUGGGAAAGGAGCCUAUGGCACAGUAUAUUGUGGACUUACAAGCCAAGGACAACUGAUAGCUGUGAAACAAGUAGCAUUAGAUACCUGUAAUCAAGUUGGAACUGAAAAGGAAUACCAGAAACUACAAGAAGAAGUCGAGAUUUUGAAAACACUGAAGCACAUCAACAUUGUGGGAUACCUGGGGACUGGUUUAGAAAAUAACAUUGUGAGCAUCUUCAUGGAGUUCAUCCCUGGUGGCUCCAUUUCUAGUAUUAUUAAUCGUUUUGGGCCAUUGCCAGAAGUUGUCUUCUGCAACUAUACAAAGCAGAUUCUCCAAGGGGUUGCAUACUUGCAUGAAAACUGUGUGAUCCACAGAGAUAUUAAAGGCAACAACGUUAUGCUUAUGCCCAAUGGUGUUAUCAAGCUCAUAGACUUUGGAUGUGCAAAGCGCUUAGUUUGUGCAAGUCUGACUGAUACACACAGUGAACCUCUCAAAUCUGUGCAUGGCACUCCUUACUGGAUGGCCCCAGAGGUGAUAAAUGAAUCUGGUUAUGGAAGAAAAUCAGAUAUCUGGAGCAUUGGCUGCACUUUAUUUGAGAUGGCCACAGGAAAACCACCAUUGGCUUCUAUGGAUAGGAUAGCAGCCAUGUUUUAUAUUGGGGCUCACAGAGGUCUUAUGCCCUCACUUCCCAGUCAUUGCUCAAGUACAGCAGCAGAUUUUGUCUACAUGUGCUUAACCAGGGACCAGUAUGAGAGGCCCACUGCUCUACAAUUGUUACAGCAUCCUUUUAUGAAGUCUGCAUAGUCUCUAUCAAAACACAGCAGAACAAAGACUAUUUCCUACUUAUCCAAGAGGUCAGAUGAAAUUAAUUCAAUCAGCAUUUAACUGUAAAUGCAAGGAAUGGUGUGAUUAAUGGUAUGAAAAUGUAAAAGGAACAUGUGUGUGUGCACAUGCCCAUAAUUGUAAUUAUGUGUUUUUAAUUUUUAAAAGUUGAUUUCAACUACUUAAGUUUCUAUGAACAAACUGAUUAUGCUGCACCUGUCUGAGAAAUAUAUAUAGUUGAAAGAAUGAUAGAUUUCAUGCGAAAGUUAAGGAUGGGAUCUAUUUGGGAUGUUUGGACUUGGCAAAAAUAAAAAAGAAACAGACAUUUAAUAUGAGGAAGCAUCAAACAGGACAGGUGUUCCCAAAACAUUUUAGUUACAUAAUUUCUCAAGGAUGUUUCUAUAGAACAAAAUAUUCACAAAAAUGUAAGACAAACAGACCCUAACUACUAUUAAAAAGAACUUAUUUUCUCCUAUAA